GACCUCACAUUUAUUUCUGGUCAUUGCUUCCUCUUCCCACAUAUUCUCUUCAACCCUACCCCUGCACUUCUUUAAACCUUUCACUCUGCAUCCAUCCAUUUCUUCAUCUAAGUUCAUCAAUCUUUGUUUCCAGUCAUCAAUCUUCAAUUUCCAGAGACACCCACCGAAUAUUUCUUCCAGUUUUCAUCUGGGUGUCUCUUAUUUGUUCUUACAGAUUAUUGUUUCAUUCUGAUUUGUCAGUUUUCCCCCACAAGAAGCCCAGAAAAGUGUUUCUUGUUUUGUUGGCUGGGUUCUUUUCUAAAGGAUGGUUGGGGGUGUAUCUGUUGUGGGUUCAUCAGUUGUGGAUUCACAUACUUCACCAUGUUUGUGUGUGGAUGCACUCGCAUCAAAAACUCAUAUGAACCACACAAAAAGUGGGCAUAAAUCAGUAGCCAAAAAGCACUUUGGUUCAUUGAAAUUGAGAAGUUCUUUCAUUCACUUCAAAUUUGCAGUAAAAGUACCUUCCUCCAAGAAGCAGAAAAAAUCUAGGGGUCUUGUGGUUGUCAAUGACCUUGGUGGACAAUAUGAAGACAGUUUUCAUGAUGUUCAAGCACAAAUCUUUAAUCUGUUCACUUAUAAAGCAGUGAGGACUGUUAUGAACCAACUAUAUGAGAUGAACCCAACGGAAUAUCGUUGGUUUUAUGAUUUUGUGGUGACAAACAAACCUAACGAUGGAAAGCGCUUUCUUCGUGUCCUCCAAAAGGAGAAACAUGAACUUGCAGAAAGAGUAAUGGUGACUCGCCUUCACCUCUAUGGAAAAUGGAUUAAGAAAGUGGAUCAUGCUGAAAUGUAUAAAAAUCUAUCGGACCAGAACUUGGAGUUGAUGCGUGAGCGGCUCAUGGAGACAGUGAUAUGGCCGUCCGAUGAUGCGAACUGGGAACAGUAUGGAUAAGGAGCUGACAUUUUACCAUGGUUAUUUCUGUCCUGUCUAGUUAGAUUGAAGCUCAUAUUUGGGUUGCUGAAGAAGAAUUAUGGGGAAAUCUAUUGAUAUCUAUAUGACAUUGUACAUAUAAUGGUUUUUAGAUUUGUUUAAUGGUGCAGAUGUUAUUCGUUCAUGUCU